UUGUGUUCAUCAUGGCUUCGACGGGUUAGUGAAAAUUUAAUAUUUGUAUUAUACAAUUUUUGUACAAAUUAUUUUCUUUUUAUAAAUAUCUCAGGUAUUUCUAAAACUUAUUAAUCUUUUGUAAGUUUUAUAAAUUCAGUUAAUAUAUUUGCGCAAAACAGUAUGGUCUCAUUGCGAUCUUACACUUGUCAUUUAUUUUCUGAUAUUUUCUGUUUGAUAUUUACUGUUUUAAUUAAAUUAACAACAGUGAAAUCGUGUUAUUUCUACAGAAUCUUUAGUGUGCGAUACACUCGAUCUAAGUGGUCAAGGUUUAAAGAAACUUCCUCGUUGUCCAUCGGAUGCAGAUAUUAGCACAUUGAUCAUAGACGAUAAUGAGCUUCAACGUCUUGAUAAUCUUGAUUCUUAUCACAGAAUUACUAAGCUGUCAAUAGUAAGGAAUCAAUUGCUUCGUAUGUAUGGCGUGUCCAAGUUACAUAAUCUAGUAACUCUUAAUUUAGCAAAUAAUGGUAUAUUGACUAUAGAAGGCAUAAAGGAUAUGAUAAAUUUACAAACACUUUGCUUAGCUGGCAAUAAUAUAAAGUCCAUUGAACACUUGCAUACCAAUACUAAAUUGGAGCAUUUAGAUUUAUCUGAAAAUAGUAUCAGUCACAUCUCAGAUAUAUCUUAUCUACGAAAUUUAAAGGAACUCUUUCUGCAUAACAAUCGCAUAAUAACAUUAAGGCAGUGUGAACGCUAUUUACCUACCUCGUUAGAAACAUUUACAUUGGCAAACAAUAACAUUACAGAUUUGAAUGAAAUGUCACAUUUAGCUAAUUUGAAAAAUGUAAUAAAUUUUUCAAUUGCUAAUAAUCCAUGUGUUAGUAUGACAGGUAACAGUAUGUAUCCUUUUCAUAAUUGUUUUAAAGGCAGAGUGGCUAUAUUCUCAGGGACGUGGUAGACAAUUCCGUGUUGGCGAACAUGCACUACUAGCACAGUAUUUAGCAUCUGUUUGCCCACUUUCUGGUGAAUCCUUAGAAAACGAAACUGACAGGAAGCUAAGACUAAUUUUGAGCAAAGCACAACAUCAUCAACAGCAGUUAAAUCAACAAAGUGAUACUGGAAGUGUGCACAGCUUAAGUAGCGUUGGAAUGAGUCCUUCUCCGGCUACUAGGCGUAGACUUAGUCAUAACAGGACAAGCUCUCCUAGACGUACCAGUUCAUCAAGAAAUUCAUUAAGAAUAAGGUCACCUGAUAGAAUGAUAUCUAGUUGUCACACUGAUGCUAUAGUUUCUUCGUGCCAUACUUUAUUAAAUGAAGAUCAGGAAUCUUUGAUGACUCAAAGUUUGGAUCCAAAUAUGCUUUGUGGUACUUUGAACAAUAAAACAUCAAAUACUAUUUCACAAGAUGCAGAAGAGACAUCAAGUCCUCUACAAGCUGCAACAAAAUUAGUACCAGUUCCAGAAUCCUUAAUGAGUCCAGAUUUUCGUCCACCAUCUGGCCUUUCUCGAGUUUCAGCAAAAACUCCACCAAGUAAAUUAACAUCUCCAUGUCAAAUCACAAUGCCAAGCAAACCUAUUUCUGAUGGAGAUGGUAAAGCUAUCCCCAUAAUAAAUACAGUAAAUCCAAUGGCAAAAACAAAUCUUACUUCCAUAAAAGCAAAUGCACUUGUGAAAAGCAAUUCAGCAACAAAUUGUACUAUAAAACCAAAUAUCGCUAAACCUAUUAUUACAAAUACUAACACUAAAUGUCCGCAUAGUGUGAAAAUCAAUAAUUAUGUUCAAAGCAAGACAUUACCUGCUAAACGAAAUACGAAAAAUUCACCAAAUUUAGGCAGGAAUAUACAAAGACCAAAAAGUGCAAAUGAUAAAAUAAAAAGUAGUGUCAUUAAAAAGAAUGGAGAUGGUGAUGCAGAUAAUGCUACUCAAAGCAGUGAUGAGGAUAGUGAAGUAUGUCAAGCAAAAUUGGAUAGCAUUCGACAUAGAGCUAUUCAAAGAAGACAGGAAGAUAAUAAAGAUCAAGAUGAAGCUGAGAAGGCAGCGAUAUGUAUUCAAAGAAUGUGGAGAGGGUAUCAUACUAGAAAUCUUAAUAAAAAAGCAACCACCAUAUUGAAAACUAUUGAAAUGAUAAGGACAAAUAAAUAUAUCCAGAAACUCUCUACUGAUAUGGAAGCUACUCGAACUGCAUUAGAAAGUGAACAUAAACUACAAUUACUACAAAUGCAAGCAAUUAAUGCAUUAUGGAAAAAAGUUGUUAGUCUUCAACCUACUGUUAAUCGAGAUUCUACAAACUCUGAUAAUGAAAAUAUUGCACAAAAUGUAGAUGUUGUAACCAAUCUAGCACAAACAUGUAAUAUGUUGCACACUCAGGUUCAACAAUUACAAGACUCUAUGUCAGAAAUAAAACGAUGUAUGUCGAAUAUGCAAUCAAAAGCCAAUCUUAUUGAUAAUGGUGUUGCCACACAGACAGAAAUAUCAGCUGUUCAUACUCCAGCUGGUGAAGAACAUAUGUUUCCUUAUGCACGACCACAUAGACCACAAACUUUGCCGAUUCAUCAAACAAUUCAUGAAGGAAAUGAGAACAGAAGUUUUGCAUCUAAUUUGAUUGACAGUGUAUUAAAAAAAGUGUCUCAGUCCACUGAUACGACAGAUGAUGAAGUUAAUACUGAUAUAUUGAACUCUAACGAAAAUCCUGAGUUAUUGAAUUCAACAGAACAUCCUGACAUGUUUAAAAGUUGUGAAGAGAUUAUAGAACCUGAUUUCAAGGAUGUAGUGGAACAUGAUGUAAAACAUGAGUAUGAUGUAAUUGAUAAUGCUGUUAUAAAUGGUGAAGUUUGUGAAGAAACAUUAUGUAAAGAGUUACACAAUCUGAUUGAAACAGAAAUUACAACAGAAAAUUGUGCAAAUUUAGAAAAGGAAAAUGAUUUAGAAGAAAUUGAAAAGGAAUAACUUUAAUCUGAGAAGACAUAAAAAAAAACAAUUACAAAAAGAAUGAAGGUGCAAAGUUGAAAGCCUUAAGAAGAAACAAAUGUGAAUCCCAAUGAAUAGUAAAACUCAUAAAUGAAGAUAAUACAUUUUUAACUAAAAAUACUCACUGUACAUAAGUUCAGAGACUAGCCUUAAUUAUAUUCAUGAAACAAAAUUGAAUGCUUUUAAUUUUAUGUUUCAAAUAUUUCAAAAUCAGAUUUAUCACAAUUCAAAUAAUUACCAUAAAAUGCAUCUAAAAGAAAUCUAAAACAUAAUUUUAAACAAUCAUAUCAGUACGUUGAUUCAUUAUGUAUACAGUCAUUGAAGCAAUUUUGAAAAUUUUCCGUCCACAUAUCUGGUUUUUAAAAAGUUCGCCGAUGUAUAAAGUAUGUAUUAAGAAUGUUAUAUGUUUCACAAAAAGCUUUGCUUCUUCUCUAAAAAGCAUCAUAAAAAUAUUACUGUACAGCACAAGAAUCAUGGAUUCAAUGUUACAAAUUCCAAAAUUAUUCGUCAAUUCUCAGAUUGAAGUAUUUAUAAAGAUGUAAGAGAGAAUUUUGAUAUAUAAAACACAUUCCUUAUUAAUAGCAGAAGAUUCGAGUUUUGUUAAAAAGUUUCUUGAAUAAUGUUACUUAGAUAGUUAUUAUUUUUAUGCAUUUAUUUUUUUUAUUUAUUUAUUUAUUU